UCAUAAUGUUGCUUGUGUUACAUUUUGUAGAUCUGUGCUUGGCUAAUAUGUCUUUUUCCUUAUUUCUAGUCUGUUUGAGACGCAGGGGUCCAUCACAGGAACUCCUGCCAUCAGAGUUCAAGAAUCAUGUCAUCGUUUCCUGUGUGAAAUCAGGAGGAAGUGUGAUGUCACCAUCUUAGAAGUACCUGGUUAUGAGGCAAUGAUUUCUAUAUCCAGACGUAAUGUAUGGCUGAUGAUGGCUGAGCAUCCUGAGUCUGGUUCAGUUGGAGGCUUGUUAUGUUAAAGAGUGUUUCAUUUCCACUGUGGACUUGUGCUCAAGACCAAUUACCUAUAACUAUGUUUACUGUUCUGUUCAGUAAGAUCCUAACCUAAUUUGGUGCUAUAUAGAUAGAAUCAAAACUAAAUUACAAGUAGUAAUGCUUCACACAUGCAAGCAGAUAUCUAAAAUAUUAAUUAUGUGAAUUUUAAUAAUAUAAAAGAUACACAGGCAAAAACUUCAAAUCCCCUGAUGAGGUCCAUGAUAGCUGAAGAAAAGAUAGGCAAGCUGCACAAAUAGCAGUGAUUGCUCAGUAUAAUAACAUGUGAAUCAUUAUUUCACACGCCCUGUUAGUAUUGCAAUAAUUCUCUACGUUUUUUAAUAUUGCGUACACUAAUUAUAUAGAUUUAUAUAGAUAUAUAAUAGAUUAUUAAAAAUUAUCGUAGUUACUGAGGAGGAUAUGAAUAAAUUAGGUUUUUUGUAAAUCAACACAGUUUUGGUGUCUCUUUCUUCAAUUCAUGUCCUAAAUAAAAUGUAUCAAAUAAACGUUAUAUUUCAAAUAAAGUUAAGAUUUAAAUGAGGUUUCGAAGGGAGAAAUUUGCCGUUUUCUUUAGGCCUCUACUCGAGCAGACGCGUGUCUCGAGGUGCCACGAGGUGGCGCUCUGGUCCGAGACCGAGCACCCAUCGAGAGCAGCGAAGAAGUGCGCACGGCAGGACGCAAACCUGGUUUCUGGUGCUGUAAGUCUGAACAGCCUUGGUUUGCUACAAAUCUGUUCUCUGUAUAUUUUUCGGGCGUGAAUUAGUUUUUUGUUGGACUUGUUUGUUAAAUGUGAUUGUAUGUAUGUGCGGGCGGGCGGGCGUCCGCAGUUAGCCGCAGUGUUAGCCUAGCAUCCCCAGACACUUCUACACCGCUCACUGGCGUCAACAACUCGACCCAAAGGAUGAAUUUGGCCAAAAGCGCGACUUUGCAUCCGCACCUGCUCGACGAGGAAGCGCGCGUGGUGGAAAACGCCAUCCGGCUGGCGAUAGACUCCAUACUGAACGUGCUGUACGGCGUCAACAGCGCCAGGACCCGGGAGUACCAGCGGAUGGUGGGCGACCGGGACAAAGAGAUCCAGCGGCUGGAGCGUAGGCUGAGGGAGAUCGAGCACGAGCUGCAGGUGCUCCGCCGGCAGGGAUGCACCCGCGGCCACCUGGCCGGGCCACAGACCUGCACAGAGCCGAGCGGGUCCGAACCAGACUGUUUGGACCCGGAGGUGACGGCGGGUCAGCAGGACUGUGAGAUGAGCCUUUCGUUUGGACUUUUUGCGAGGCCUUCGUCACACGUCUCCUCUCAGAGCCACGAGUCAGCUCUUCCAUCAUCCCCCAGCAGAAUGGGGCUGGAUCAGACCUACACUUCCCGCUCCUCUGAGGCCUCAGGUUUGUCAGAGGUGGCCAGGAAUUUGACUACAUCUCCCAGUGGCCUCGUCGUCAAAGAAGAGCCAUAUGAUAUAGACACAGUCAUGAUCAAGUGGGAAAUGAGCGAGAGGAGAUUGGGAGAGCAGCAGGAGAUCAGAGACAGUCCAUGUCACGAUAAAGAAGGUCCCAGCAUAACAAAGAGCAGAGAGAAAACAAAGAUCAAUGAGAAACCUCAAGCGGAGCCUGAAGAUCACCAUGUCGCAGAGGGGGAUAACCUGAGGAAUAGGAAGAAGCCUGUGCCGAUGUCAGAGCUACCGGAGGAGGCCCAGAGACUGAAGAGGGCGGCCUGGAGGGCGGCUUCCAGACGCUAUUAUGCCCGGAAAGUGGCCCGUCAGCAGGCAGACCCUUCACACUCCAGCCCCUUUCCCCACAUCCCAGCUUCUCACUAUUCACCGCCCAUGUCGCUUCUGGAGAGAAGGAGGAGGUCGCUCAUCUCUGAGCUGCCUGAAGAGUCUCAGAUGCUGCAGAGGGAGGCGUGGAGAGCUGCGUCCAAGAGAUACUAUGCCCGAAAAAUCGCUCGCCACCGACCUGAGUACGGACACCUGCUGCAGCACAAAGAGGCAUCAGGGGAAACGCCUAAGACAGGAGGAUCCCACACCAACAGUGGAGGAAUAAUGUGCAGUUGAUUCCUGCAGACACUAAACUAAAUGUGUAAAUGUUUGUAUUUUGGUUAUUAGCUACUCAUAAUACAAUAAAAACAAGUUCUAGGCUUUUUUCAGGUUUUAUGAUGUGACGCCCAAUAGUUUCGACCUAGUGUUUACAUUUGAAACUUCCAAAGUUAAAUCAUGCAGCUAUUACCUGAGAACACUGCAUUCACAUCAUGCAACCAACUCCGGAUUCUUCUUUGUUACAGUGACAUUGAAUACAUUGAAUGUAGUUGAAGACGCUAAGCUUUUGAACGAGGUAAUAAAGAGCUAGAGUGGAAAUGCAGCGCCCCUUCAGUCCAACACAUGUAACUACAACCCGCAUCUAAUCCAAUGCUCAUUCAUUCGUUGCUAUUUUUUAAAUGCAUUUGAUCAAAAAUUAAAUCCGAUUGUUUUGGUUUUCCUAUUAAUGGAUGCCAACAUUUGGCUCUAGUUAUUUCUUAAACAAAUGCACCAACAUUUAUUUUCUGUUUGGUAAAAUUUGAGUUGAUGAACGUGACGAUGUAUUUUACCUGGAAGUUACAAUAAACAAACAGUAUUUCAAUUUC